AUGGUCGGCAAAGGAGAAGACUACAUCAACACGCACAUGAACUGGCAAUGUGACCACGCAAACACGAUUAAAAGCACGCUUGGGAGCAACUCGGGAAUUCUUGUCAUGACCGGCGGAGAAAGCUGGAUGACCGAGUCUGUCAAGUCUGCCUGGUUGGGUUGUGCUGCACUAGACGUGGUCGCAAUUCAUGCCUAUGGUGUUGGUGAUUUUUCAACUUCGAACAUUUUGACUUACUGGGGCGCAUGUUACUUCAACACUGAAAACAACAAUUGUCCGGCCGGGACACCCCUUCCCACGUCAACACGUAACAAUAACAUCAAGACAUGGGCUUCGCAAAUCACCGCGGCAGGCGUUCCUUGGCUUUACUGGCAGGUCCUACCAAAUCCGGACCCUCAUUAUGGGUACGACUUUGAGAUCCGAGUACAGGAUCCUUCUUGGGAUACUCUGAAGAAUGCUGCACUGGAUGCAAUCACCAAACCGGUUGCAUUCGAUUAUACCACAUGGUUGAAACUUUGA